UCUUUCGCUUCCCUCGGCUGCGCGCUUAUAAAGUCGCGCCCGACGCGAGUCCGCGGGUUCGAACCGCCGCGUAAACGGCGCAGUCGUUCGUCGAGCGCGACGAAGAGGCCGCGCACGCUUUCUAGUCGGGCGGGCGGUUUCGCCGAAAGAAGAAGUGAUACCACUUAACUUUUUCUCUCAACUCGCGCUCGGUGUUUCGCCAGUGCGCGCCGGACUCUGCAGACGCGAUGUCGACGGAGAAGUCGCGCUUCCAAGUGGCUAAGGUGGACUACGUGAACGAGGCGAUGGCGCCUGACGACGACGACGAUGACGUGCCGGAGACUCCCACGGCCGCGUCCAUGGGAGGCGCUCCGCCGCAGUGCCUGGUUACCAGCGCGUCGGCCUCACCCACCGAGCUCACGAACUACGGCACCGUGUACGACACGGUGAACGUCAAGAGCCUGCUUCACUACACGCACGAGGCGCUGCCGCGCGUCGACCACUACCGCAACAUCAUGUCGGUGCACGGACACGUCAGUCGGCCCACGCUCGACGAGCUCCACUACAGCGGUCGCGGAUCCAUCGCGGGACUCACGCAGUCCAAGUCCUUCAGCGAGAAAGUUCAAAGUGUCGAUGUCGGUACUACAAAUGCUGUCAAAUUUGGAUGGAUACAAGGAGUACUGGUACGAUGUCUUCUCAACAUAUGGGGUGUCAUGCUUUUUCUUCGGUUGUCCUGGGUCGUGGGACAAGCCGGGAUUGGUCUUGCCAUUGCUAUCAUCCUGCUGGCAUCUGCGGUCACCAUGCUGACAACGCUUUCGAUGUCAGCAAUUUGUACAAAUGGAGAAGUCAGAGGAGGCGGGACGUACUACAUGAUAUCGCGGAGUCUUGGGCCAGAGUUCGGCGGUGCCAUUGGGUUGAUUUUCUCCUUAGCAAACGCAGUGGCAGUUGCCAUGUACGUCGUGGGUUUCGCAGAAACCGUGCAAGCCGUGAUGAAGAGGCAAGACCAGCUCAUCGUGGAUGGCGACAUGAACGACAUCCGCAUCAUCAGUUGCGCCACGGUGGUCGUGCUUCUCUGCAUCGCGCUCAUCGGCACCGAGUGGGAGUCAAAGGCGCAAAUCGUGCUUCUCCUGAUCCUCUUGGCGGCCAUGGUUGACUUCGUCGUCGGGUCUUUCUUCACGCCCACCACUGACCUCAUGGCCAGGGGCUUCGUCGGCUACUCCGGCACUCUUUUCAUGGAAAACGUAAAGCCGGGGUUCAGAGAUGGCGAAACUUUCUUCGACGUCUUCUCUAUUUUCUUCCCGGCGGCUACGGGUAUUCUGGCCGGUGCCAACAUCUCUGGUGAUUUGAAGGAUCCCCAAAAGGCGAUCCCCCGGGGCACCCUGCUGGCCAUCUUUAUCACAACCAUCUCGUACAUCGCAUUCGCCGUCAUAGCCGGCACCACUGUCUUGCGUGACGCCAACGGAGUCCCGUUCAACCUGACCGAGGCCGGAGUCAACUUCGCCGACAUCGCCAACUGCACCAUGCACGAGGCCGACAAGUGCGAGUACGGACUGAUGAAUUACUUCCAGGUCAUGGAAAUGGUGUCGGCGUACGGCCCCCUAGUAAUCGCCGGCGUUUUCGCUGCCACAUUGUCCUCUGCGUUAGCCAGUCUGGUCAGUGCUCCUAAGGUCUUCCAGGCUCUGUGCAACGAUAAGCUCUUCCCGUACAUCCACUGGUUCGGCAAGGGCUUCGGCAGAAACAACGAACCUAGGCGUGGUUAUAUGCUCGCUUUCGGCAUCUCCCUUGCCUGCUGUGCCAUCGGUGAGCUGAACGCAAUCGCACCCAUCAUCUCAAACUUCUUCCUUGCUGCCUACUGCCUCAUCAACUUCUCGUGCUUCCACGCCUCCUUCACUAGAAUGCCGGGGUUCCGGCCAGCGUUCCGCUAUUACAACCUUUGGGUCAGCCUGCUGGGUGCCAUUCUUUGCUUGAGUGUCAUGUUCAUCACCAACUGGCCUACGGCACUCGGAACGUUUGCCAUCAUCCUUGGACUCUACAUAUUCAUUUACAACAGGAAGCCCGAUGUCAACUGGGGAUCGUCAACUCAAGCUCAGACGUACUUGGAUGCACUGAACAGCGUCGUCAAACUCAACAACGUUCGCGAUCACAUCAAGAAUUAUAGGCCUCAGAUCCUGGUGCUCACUGGCAACCCAGCUGACCGCCUACCUCUCGUGGACUUCGCCUACUUGCUCACCAAGAAGCUUUCCCUCAUGGUUUGCGGAGACAUCCGAAAAGCCCCGAUGUCGUACAGAUCGCGCAACAUCUUAAUGUCCAAGGCGUACAAUUGCUUCGAGCAGCGUAAGGUGAAGGCCUUCUACAGCUUGGUUGUGGACAACAGCUUUUCGAAGGGUGUCCUCUCGCUCAUACAGCUGGUUGGCGUUGGCAAGCUAAGACCCAAUGUCGUUCUAAUGGGCUUCAAGGCUGAUUGGCAGACUUGCCCGAAGCAGGAGCUGCAGGAGUAUUUCGACGCCAUUCAUCACUCGUUCGACUCGCACAUGGCACUGUGCAUCCUGCGCCUUGCCGAGGGCAUCGACUUCUCCAAGUACUCGGCCGAUGAGAUCUCGGCCGGCGUGCCCGUUGGUUCGGACCCGGCGUCCACUGUGCCAGCUCGUACCGAAGGCAGCCUCAACCGGGGCGCUUCCUCGACUGACACUCUUCCCAGGCACGGCUCCAGCUCGCAACUCUCGCAAGCGGGCAGUUCGUGCGACGAGGACGAGUCCUCCACGCCGCCGCAGACUCCCACCGCGGAGAGGGCGAACAGGGACUCGGGCCUGGGCACGUACCGCAAGAACGAGUCUUCGCCUUCGGUCAGCCCCAACGGCGAUGCCUCGACGGGCGCGAGGAACCACAAGGGUGGCGCCGCUGUCAUCGGUCACGAGAGCGUGACGGUGUCUUUCCGUCGCGACUCCUCGGCGCCCACGGUGCUUCAGCGCUGGACGCGGCGCACCUCGUCCCAGGUGCUCGAGCGGAGCGUGCCUAAGAACGUGCUGCAGUCGGUGAACCAGUUCCAGCGUAAGCAGAAGAAAGGCUCCAUCGACGUUUGGUGGCUGUACGAUGAUGGCGGCUUGACGAUGCUUAUCCCGUACCUCUUGUCCACGAGGUCCCAGUUCUCCAGCUGCCACCUCAGGGUAUUUGCACUCGCCAACAAAAAGCACGAGCUGGACAAGGAACAGCGCAAUAUGGCUGCCCUUCUUAGCAAGUUUCGCAUAGAAUAUUCCGACGUGACCGUGAUUCCUGACAUCGUGAAACCACCGCAGGAGUCAACGAAGGAGGAAUUUUUGAAAAUCUUGAACCCCUGGAGGCGAUCGUCGAAAGACGCCGAGUCCGACCAGACGCCAGCGCCGUUCGUGUCAGAUUCCGAGAUUCUGGCCGUCAAAGAAAAGACUAACCGACAUCUGCGGCUUCACGAGCUUCUACGGCAAUACUCACCUGGUGCAUCGCUAAUAGUGAUGACCUUGCCGAUGCCUCGCAAGGGAACGUGCACGGCGCCCAUGUACAUGGCGUGGCUGGAAAUGCUCACCAAGGACAUGCCUCCGUUCCUUCUCGUGCGGGGCAACCAGACCAGCGUGCUCACAUUCUAUUCGUAGAGGGGCGAACCUCACACGCAUCGUUCCCACCACAAAAACGUAUACGUAACGGAAAAGAAGCCCUAUACAUGCCGCCUAUGGGGAGCCGUGGUGCUUGGCCUGGCCCUGUGAUGUCACAAAUCGCAGUUUCCUUCUACUAUAGAGUGCGGGCUUGAAGUUGACAUUUAGUUCGUCAUUCACUUUUCUACUUCGUUCUCUUUUCCUUUCUUGUUCUUUGUAAAUUGUAGUUCGGAUUUUGUAGAAGAGCAACGUGUAAGAGAGAUGAAGUUUGUGCAUUGUAGAGGGAAAAGCCGUCGUUUCACGCUCAGUACACGCUCAUCUGUAAAUAUCGUCAUGCGCAGCCGAAACCAGACUGCCUAUCACUCGCCAUCACUUUUUCUUGCUGCUUUUAAUUCUGAAGGUUUUGAGUGAACAAUUUCGAAAUUUCACAUUCAGCUAUGUACCCUGGUAUACAUAAUUCUGCGGCACUGCAGUGAGUGAGCUUCCCAACAGCUGGAAAGGUUACGCAUACUAGCGUGGAUUGCCAAACAUAUGUGUUGGCAUUGAAGUAUCUGGAAACGCCGUAUACGAUUUAUAUUAAACCAAUCCUUCGUUCGAUAACCCCCAGCUCAGUGCUUAGCGUUCGAUUACAGAUUGCGAUUUCCAAGUUUUUUUUUUUCCCCGGCCCAUUGCGCCGUCCAAAGAGCAAGCCUUACCUCCAUCAGCACAUGCACCCUCUACCUCCUUUCGCGGUACGUUAAUGCCCCCACCGGAAGCGAAGAAAAAAAAACUACUUAGUACAAAUUUCGAGCUCUGUACAUAUUUCACUCCACGUAGGUAGACCGUUCAUUGCCAGUCCGCGCUUUUUAGUCAACCUAAAGGGUGUUCUUUCUGCAGCGAGUUCUGGUUGCGAUCCCAUUUACGAUUGUUGCUAGAGACCCCUUAUUCGCGAAUGACCGACACCCUAUGUUGGUCUGUUCAGCCGUGUCCAGCUCUUGCUGUACAGUCCCUUAAUAUGCUGCAACCCGCCGCGCAGUAGAUCGUCUAGUCCUUUCAUAAAAUCGAUUGUGUGUUUGAGUGGUAUUUUUUUUCUUAUAAUAUAAUCCUGCAGUAAAUUGUACAGUAGAAGUGCUAAAUAAAAGACACAAGCCAAGGGCGUGAAUUUUUUAAAA